AUGGCGAUACUGCUGCUACGGAAUUCGCACGUCUUCGGCGCUCUGAUCGAUCGAGGGUUCCUCUGUCCAGGGGAAACCAGUGCUGCAGGCAAGAUGAAGGCCUGCACAAUGCAUCCAAAAAUCCACGACUUCAUUGCUACAGAUGUAAGCAGCUUCAUGGACACAUGCCUGCCUCUUGAUCUGGCUCACCGGUUUUCCAUCAACAGUGGGGUGACACUAGAAGGGCCAUCUCGUUCCAGUGAUAUCCUGUCUCUCCUUGAUUCCCUGCCUGGAUCUGAUCAAUGGCAGCUGCUCAAGGUGCUCGAUCUCGAAGGCUGCACAGGCCUGAAGAACAAGCAUCUGAAGAACAUUUGCAAGAUACUGCUGCUCAAGUACCUGAGCCUCAGGAACAAAGGUGUCACUCAACUUCCCAAGAAAAUCGAGAAGCUGCAGUACCUGGAGACAUUGGACAUCAGGCAAACCAAGAUCAGGGCAUUUGCCAAGAAAUCAUUUUUUCUUCCAAUGCUAAAGCAUUUGCUUGCCGGCAAUAAGGGCUCUCCAAGCCGAAACGACAAUAACUCGCAUGGGUUUGAGGAGUCCCCUGCGACCGUGGAGCUUCCCAGUGGCACCCGGAGAAUGGAAAGGCUGGAGAUAUUGUCCCAUGUUGAUGCUUCCAACAAUGUUAAUGACUUAAUCGACAUUGGGCAGCUCCUGCAACUGAGGAAACUGGGUGUGAUUCUCGAUGGCAAGAAAGCCGGUAAUUUGGCACUUCUGUUCAAACAUAUUGAGGAACUGCACGGCUGCCUCCUCACCCUGUCGAUCCAGAUCAACCAUCCGGCAACAAGUGAGGGCACUGUGCCUGAAACAGAUAAACUGGCUACCUUGGUAUCCCCUCCAAAACUUCUUCAGAGCCUUAACAUCAGCGGCAUCACAAGUGGGCUUCCAGACUGGAUCACUGAGCUCGACCAACUCACCAAGAUCACACUGAGCAAUACUUACUUGGGAGAAGAUGCAAUCCGAGUAUUCGGAAAACUUAGAAUUCUACGCUGCCUGAGGCUUCGGCACAAGUCUUACACUGGAACCAAGCUCACCUUUAACACGGAAGAAUUCCACCAUCUCAAGUCUCUGCUUGUUGAUGGCUGCGACAUCACCAACAUUGACUUUGUCAACAUCGGGGCGGCUCCUAAGCUCGAGAUGAUUAUCUGGUCUUUUGACUCCAUUGAUGCCCUUCCACUCUCAGGGAUUGAACACCUCCCCAAGCUGAAGAAGCUAGAGCUCAAUGGAGACGGAGACAUGGCUGCGAUGAGACGAAUCAGGGAUGCACAUCCCAACUGUCCAGUUUUCAAGCACAAUUCAAGCCAUCAACGCGAAGAAGCUGGAACUGACUGAGGUUGCAGCUUCAGCUUCAUUAGUAAUCAUGCAAUUACUACUCCCCAAUUCCCAUCAACCUGAAGCUUGAUUUGGUAUGUG